AGCAACUGCCAAUCACCCAUCGACGCCGACAGUUGGGCACCAAGGAACUGUUCUUGUGUGAAAAACACACACACAUUUGUUUUAUUUCGCUAGGACUCUUGACGAUUACUUCACAACUCGGAAAAUGCCAUCGAAAAAGAAAAAAUACAACGCGCGCUUUCCGGCGGGGCGCAUCAAGAAGAUCAUGCAGAGCGACGAGGAAAUCGGGAAGGUGGCCCAGGCGGUGCCCGUUAUCAUCUCACGCACGCUGGAGCUCUUCGUGGAAUCGCUGCUGACCAAGACGCUGCGCAUCACGAAUGCGCGCAACGCCAAGACGCUAUCGCCAUCGCACAUGAGGCAGUGCAUCGUGUCCGAGAAGCGCUUUGACUUCCUCAAGGAGCUGGUCCGCAACAUACCCGACAUCAGUGUGGCCGAGGAGGCCGCCUACAACGAGGACGAUGUGUUGCGCAGCUCGCCAGAGGAUCAGUAUCCAGAUUCAGACACGCCAUAUGAUCUUAGCCUGCCAUCGACGUCAAUGCGCUCGCAGGCGAACGGAACAGCUGCCUACAUGCGCUCCAUGAGUCUGAACAACGGAGCCGGAUCAGGCGUAGGAGCCGCCACUAAGCGGCAACUUCAGUCGCAGCACUCCACCCAUCAAACUCCCACCACCAGCACCACCCUGCCCGCCAAGCUGGCCCGCUCCGAGUCCACGCCGGCCUACACGCCUCGCGGCAGGCCGCCCAAUUACCUCAAGAAACAGUCGGUGCAGCUCGACACUGCCAUACCUGCCCCGAUCUGCAACUACGAACUCAGCAAGCCCUUCGUCAAGAUCGACUACAGCCACGUACAGAUGCAGAUGCCAACGGCGAACCUGUGCACACCGGACGCCUCUGAUUCUGGGUCAGGAUCGGGCGCCGGGUCUGGGGCUUUUAACUUCGACAUAGCUGCUCCGGUGAUCAAUAUCGAUCUGACGAAUAUCGUGGCCGCUGGAGCAGCUGGCAGUCGUGUGCCCCCCACCUCUAUUGGUUUCCCAGCGGCCUCGCCGGGGGAUAACAACAAUGUGAACCAAAUGGCUGGAAAGAGCAGCGCUCCCAUCAUUCCAAAGGCCACCGCGGCAUCAGCGACCCCCACUGAAACCGUUUUCGAAUUAGACGAAGACUAUGACAAUAUUUGAUUAGGAUCUAUGUGAAUGCGCUUUUAAAUUAUUGAUACAUUAAUAUGUACUCUAGGCCUAAGAAAUCACAAUAACAAUUUUUUGCAAAAUAAAGACCAUGCUGGAUUUUAAGCUGA